UGCAGGAAGAACAGCUGAGCCAUGCAGGGUUGUUGAUUGAUUUAAACACUGUCACUCCGCACCAGACCCGUCACUCUUCCAGUUCUAAGGUUUCAUGUACACUGAAUUGCCCACAACCGCCGACAAGAAGCUUGGCCUGCAUUGCAGCGACCAUGUACAAGCCCCCCUGCCACUGGGUUCGGUGCCGCGGACAGCACAUACCGCAUAACGCUGUGCCAGGAGGCACGGACCUGCAAGGCGAGGACAUAUUCGUGGGGCGUGCUGAGCACAAUGGCGACGUGAUACCGGGAAAGGUGGUCCGUUCCCGCGGUGCCUGUUACGUCGCUUAUGGCGCGUGUGAACACUGCUACCAAGAGUACCAGAUGCUUGUCUCUGAUGGGGCUUCUCUGAAGUGGCUAGAGGCAUCCGAUGGCUCGCUGCCGAGCGGAGCCAUUCAGGGCGGCAUUACUUCCGAGGACGAACCGCUCUACAUCGGCCGCGCCCGUCACGAGGGCAUGCUGAUCAUCGGCAAGGUCCAACUGUCCCACAAGUGCUUAUACAUUCCUUUAGGCGGUCAAGAGUAUAAACACACUAACUACGAGGUGCUGGUCUGCAGCACAAUUAACUUUUGAGAAAAUACGAAGUGCCCUGCAAAAGCUGCAGCCUGUACUAACAGCAAAAUGCAGAUCGCAAAUGACCGCCCGCACCAUGAAACGCAGAGAACGAUGUGUGCUGUUAUGAAAGCAUGGUGUGUUUGUUUAUGCACUUUGAUGAUGUAGGCCAUUCGACAACAUUAUAUUUCUUCUUAAGAUGGUGGUCAACGGUAAACUAGCAUUGCACGUCUAAAAGGAAAGGAGUGCGCGGUUAAUAUCGGCACUCAUGUGACCAUUGAUGUGUCAUGGCGACAGUUCAUGCUGAAAUCUCUUUCUUUUCUUCUUUUUCAAAUUUGUUUUUUUCUGUCACUUUGUAUUGUCGAUGAUCACUUGUGUCAUUUCUUUAAGGACCUUGCACUAUAAUGGUAACCAUGGAUUUCUUAAUGUUACCAAUGAAACGAAUAAUACACCGAAUAUCAAUCCGGCUGCGAAACAAGUCAUAGGGGGAAAAAAAAAAGGUGGAAAUGCUAAGAAAGCAGUGCUGCGUUUACCCCAUGACUAAGGUACGGAAACAUUGUGAUCUGCGUUUUGAAUUGAAAGACCGCAUUGAAGAACCUAAACACAAAUAUUUAAAUGUAACCGUGAAAAGGCUCUUAUGCCAUUUCCCCCCAAAAUGACAACCACAGUAGCUUCGCCUCCAUGUUUGUGUGUUCACUAAGUAAAAGUGUGCAGUCCAAGCUUGAUAAGUGAAUUCCCAUUCGUCUAUAUAAUGACUGUGUGUGCCUGGGAAAAGCGAGGUGUCACUGUUCUUCAACGUUCACCCUAUGAAAAUCCUCAGUGCUCAUGGCACACAUUCUUUUGCAAUAUACGCGAAGUAAUUAUGCCUUAUAUUCGAACUGUCUUUGUCCGAAGUACAGACUCAGUGCAAAUUAACAUACAUCGCUAGCGGCCUUCCAGAGAUUUCAGGAAGGGGGCAAUAUUGUUGGAAAUUAUUUGUUGCAGUUUGUAUGCCUUUCUUUACCCAAAUUCAUGUGAAUUUCUGUGACCUGAUUUCGUGUCUUCUGUAUUUAAUGUAUCUAUGAAAGCUGCAUGACUUUACGUUCUAGUGUGACCUCUGUUGUAAUUUGUUUUUAUUGUAUUUUAGUGAACAUUAUGGUUUGGUUUGUUUUGUUACCUGUUUUCUGAGUUAUCUUUCCUACUUUUGUGUUAGAUGACUUACUGCUCCAUUGGGUUUCAUGUAAUUUUUGUUAUGAACUGUUUUUAGUACAUUUAUGCCAUCUCGCUAA